CUGUCCGCAGCCAUGUGCUCAUAUAGGAUUGGUCCAGUAGCGGAGCAACUUUGAAGCGUUACGGUUGGUCGCGAGUCUGAAACCGGAGCCAGAGGCAAUCUCUAGCCAUCGCAACGCAUUCACAGCUCUCUUUCCUUCUGUGAGGCGCGUCGCGGCGGAGUCUAGGACUUCCCCAAAACUGUUUACAUUGUUUGGAAACUAAUUAAAAUUUUCAGGCGCCAUGUGCCAAAGCAAACAAAAAUAACAAAGUGUAUGCGGAAAUAUAUAUUGGAAAAUCGCUGGGAAAAAUCAAAAUAAAAAUUCCUUCCUCUUUUUGGGAGAACGAGAAAAAUCAACGGCCGAAGGCCAAAAAGGAAAUUUUAACCAAACAAAAUGCUGAAAAUCUGCAUUUUUACAUUGGUAAUUGCGGCAGCUGCCGCAGCAGCAGUAACAACAACAACAACAACAGCAACAACAACAGCGGCAACCACUACAACAACAGCUGCGACAACACCAACAAAAUCGGAAGCUCCAGAAACAGCAAAGCAGACCAUAAAAAAUGACUUGGGUGGAAGUGACGCCCCUCUGGGAGCAGGCGAAGGCAACCGAACGUUGUUGAACAUUUUCAAGGAUGUGCCAGAGCAGCGAGAGACGGCCACGGUGGGUGGUUCAACCUCAACGGCCACGCCCACCACAACAGCCACCACCAGCACUACAACAACAGAGGCAACAACCACCACAAGAACGACAAAAACUGCACCAACAACACCAACACCAACAUCAACUACGGAAAAUGAGGUAGCCUCGGGUGGCAGCAUGCUAAUGACAACAGCAUUGCCCCGGGCGGAUUUAGGUGAGAUGAGCGGGAUAAAGGAUGCAGUGCAUCGCAUCAAAUUAAGCGUGAUUCCAUCAUCAUCCACAACGGAACAGGCAGAGGUAGCACUAGAAAUGAAAGAACAGUCAAAAGUCGCACCAGAAGAGAUGAAGGUAGCAACAAUAGAACUUAAGGAACAGCCAGCAGCACCUAUAGAAGAGGCUCCCGAGGGAGAUGAAGACAUCCCAACCGAGUCGCCACUGCAAAUACAAAUGCAGGCAGCUGCCUCCUACCAAGUGGCCGAAACUCUGGCGGAUCUGAAUGAGGAAGAACGUGCCCGCUACGAUGCCAUGUUAGCCCACCAGCCCACAGCCAGUAAACUGAAUAUUGUUGAUCUAUAUCCCCUGAAAAUCGAAGACUUUCAACCGAUUAUUCAAAACGAUAAUGAGGAACUCUUAAGGCAGCGUACGAUCUUUACACAACCCGAGAAUAAUGAAGAGUACAGACAGAAUCUGAUGCCCAAUGAGGUUGACAUGGUAAUUAACAGAGACGAAGAGCUAGUUCAGGAGAAACUAAGAGUCAAUCAGGCCAUUGGUGAUACAACAACCACACCUAUUUCCAGUCAAGGAACCACAGCAGAUUUCACAGGCAAACUUCUGGCCGAUCAAGAUGAUCUUAUCACCGAAAUUGAAAGCAAAUUUCAACUACAAGAGACGACAACUACAACUACAACCACAACCACAACAGCACCGAAGGCAACCACAACCACAGUACGACCCCCGUCUCUACUUAAACCUGGCGACUCUUUCAUCGAUCGUCGAGUGAAGAAAAGCUUUGAGUUUCCCAUGCAGCAUCGCGCCAGCGACGUAAUGGCCAUGCCCCACAUAGACUUUGCCAACACAAAGUUCCAAACGGAUUCGCUAGACUCCUCCGUCGAUGGCAAGGCGGCGGUGGGCUCAGCUAUGCACAUGGCCUCGCAUCCGGAGUUCUCCACCACAAAGUUCUACAACAGCAAGGAGCUGUACAACGAAAUGCUGCUGCAUAAUAAGCGCAAGUUAAUGAAGGAAACCAAGUCAACAACUACUAUGGGCGCCUCGGGAGCGGCUGAGAGUCCGGUUGUAAAGUCAGUGGAGGACACAACUCAGUUGCCGUUGAGCGUGACUCUGGUCGCAGACGGACAAACUUUUUCCCCAACAACAACAGCAGCAGCACCAGCAACACCAACAAUAUCUCCAGCCACAACUCCAGCCACAGCAGAAGCAGCAGCAGCUGACUCAACAACAAAAACAACAUCUGCAGUGGGAAACUCUGGGAAAUAUCAGAAACAGCUUAAGCGUGCCAAAUUAUUGCUCAAGGCUCUGACACCGCCCAAGCCUGACAAGCUGGCAGUUGUCUCGUCACCCGUGAAAGUCGCCACAGAACCGUCACCAUCUCCAUCUCCAUCAUCGACUACCAUGGCGACGACUCCUGGGCCAAUGAUGGCCAUGGCCAGGACGCGUCCACGGCCACAGCGACCAGUUAAUCCCGCUAAGGCGGCCUCAAAGCCAAUUGCUAGGCCGCGCAUUUUAAGUCGCCUCCAGGAGAAAAUCAAUUCCCUCGAAUGCGAGAUACAGAAUGUGCCGCAGGACUCGCAUUUGUGGCGUGGCAAUGAAACCCACGAGCUGUUGCUGCCCAUUGUGACAACGGAGCACUGUAGACCGGACGAGCACUGCAUACCAAAUGUCCUCACCUGGCGGGGCGAGUCGGAGAUCCAGUCCGGCGAUAUUCUAAUUGUGGAAAUCAAUGAUGCCAUGCUGAAUCCAUCCCACCAGCCAAACAAUACCAGCAGCGCGGUACAUGCCACACAGGUCUAUCAGGUAACACGCUCCGGCCACGAGCAUUGCGAUGUAACCGAAGGCGUCCUCUUGGAUAUUACACCGUUGGUGGUCGAUGGCAGGAAACUGGUUACGUUGUAUGAUAAGGAUCUCACCGAGGGAGUUAACUUGCUAAUUGUGGUGUCCGAGCUGUGGGGAGCGCAGUGUGUUCGCCUGAAGGUGACCACGAAAACCGACAAUUGUGGCGAGAAUGCCGAUUGUUCGGGCAAGGGAGUAUGCUACUCGAACGCCGGCAUGGAGGAGUACGAGUGUCAGUGUUGCAGCGGUUUUGCGGGCCCGCACUGCGAAGAGAUCGAUGCGUGUAACCCCAGUCCGUGUACCAACAAUGGCAUCUGUGUUGACCUGUCGCAGGGUCAUGAGGGCAAUUCCUACCAGUGCCUGUGUCCAUACGGAUAUGCGGGCAAGAACUGUCAAUACGAGUCGGAUCCCUGCAAUCCCGCCGAGUGCAUGAAUGGCGGCAGCUGUGUUGGUAACUCGACGCAUUUUCGCUGCGAUUGUACGCCCGGCUUCACAGGACCUCUGUGCCAGCACAGCCUGAACGAGUGCGAGUCGUCGCCCUGUGUGCACGGCAUCUGUGUGGAUCAGGAGGAUGGCUUCCGCUGCUUCUGUCAGCCAGGAUUCGCCGGGGAGCUGUGCAACUUCGAGUAUAAUGAAUGCGAAUCGAAUCCGUGUCAGAAUGGCGGCGAAUGCAUCGAUCACAUUGGCAGCUACGAGUGUCACUGCACGAAGGGCUACACCGGCAACCGUUGCCAAAUAAAGGUUGAUUUCUGCGCCAACAAGCCAUGCCCCGAAGGACAUCGCUGCAUGGAUCAUGGAAAUGAUUUCAGCUGCGAAUGCCCAGGAGGUCGCAACGGACCGGAUUGUAAUCAAAUGCCACGAACGUACUUCCAGCAAUGCCAAGUGAAUCCCUGCACCCAUGGCGGCACUUGUUGGUCCAGCGGCGAAAGUUUCUACUGCGCCUGUCGUCCUGGCUACACCGGAACCAUGUGCGAAGAUGAGUUUGUGGUCGAGACUGUCGUUAGCUCCAGUGAAUUUAUUGUCGACGAUGCGAACGCUAGAAAUUUUAAUGACAAAACUUUCGGUUCAUCGGUUGUGCUUAAGAGUCCCAUUGAAUUGCAUAAUGCAUAUUUUGCGGCCGGAGUUCUGGCAGCCGCCAUUUUCAUCGUUGCCGUUGUGGUCACCAUUUGUCACUGCAAGGUCAAUCAGACGUAUCGGAAAUUCUCCACACGUUCCACCUCGUUUAUACCCAUUUUGGGCUUCAGUCGGCGACCCAAAAUGCAGGGCAAGCUCAAUAAACAUUGGCUGAGUGGCAAGGGUCCAAAUGGCCCCGGCCAGCCCGGCACCAGCAGCAGUAGUGGCGGUGGGGGUGCAGCAGGACCUUCCAGCGGAGGAGCGCAGCGGGGAUCUCUGACUGGAGCGACGACGCACUCAAUGCGCCAUUUGCCCAGCCAUCCACAGACACAGACCUCGCUGGGCAGUGGUGCCACUGGCGGCAGCAACAACUGUGGUGCUGCUGGAGGUGGACAGCUGCAAGAGCGACCUUUCCAGCGGCACCUGGCCAUGAACCUCGAGAACGACAUGUACUACACCGUCGAGAACUCGCAGCACUCGCCGUUGAUUCAGUGAGAAUUGGAUGCGAACGGUGGAUGGUUAGUAAAAUUUACGCCACGCACUGAUCAGAGCCACACGGAUUGAGUGGUUAUUUGCGGGUGGGGCUCGCCGGGGGAGGAGUGUGUAAUUAACUUUGAUGCUACUCGUUGAAUAUUCCAAAUAUUGAACAGUAUUCGAUAAUAAUAAACUAAAUUAAACUUAUGUAAACGAUGCCAAAAGUGAACUAAACGAAACGAAACGAAGCGGAGCGGAGGUGGUGGCAUAAUUGACUUUAUGAUUAUGAUUCCAAACUAAUGCAAACACAAAUAUCUAUGAUUAAUACGUGUAUCUCUCUGGCAUAAAUAGGCUUAGCAAACUUGUUAAUCAAGGUUUAUUUUGGCCAAGCGCACACAGGCCCAAAACACACACACAGACACAACUUUACAGACUCUAAAAUGAUAAUAUAAUAUUUGAUUAUGAAACAAAAACCCCGUAGGGGAAAUGGCGGAGGCCGAGGUGGAGACUGGGGUUUCUGCAGAUAAUCUUGAGUUAUGUAAAUGUUUAAUAUCCCCGCAUUAAUCCUGCACCAUUUGUGCUGCCAUCUGCAUUAGCCUAUUAUAUAAAUUUUGCACAUUUAUUUGCGAACCCCAGACAUGUUUCAACUUCAAUUUACUCGUGUGUCGAGCUCUCCUCAUGUGGAAUAAUUUUAUGGCAGUCCUUUGGGCUAGUAGUGGAGAGACACAGGAUAUGGAAUGCUCUUAGCUAAUUGUUGUCAUGAAAAUUCUAGGAAAAUUUGCAAUGCAAAUUCAUAUUUAGGAAUGGACUUAUGCGGCAAAUGGACACACUCAAGGGAACAACAAUUUUUUUGGCUCAAAGGGAAAAACUCUGGGGAGAAAAUUGAAGGAAUUGAAGAUUUUUGUUUUGGAAAAUAACCUAGUUUUUUUACAGUCCAUAAUAGAGGAAGAACCUUUUGUGAAACUGGAACUGUUCGAAAUUGGCUUAUUUUCCAAAAGGUGCACUAAUUAUAUUCUAAAAUAAUUAUCACAAAAGUUGAAAGGCACUAAUACAAAACAGCAAUGGCAAAUAUAUAAUUUUAUGGCAUCUGCAAAGCCAUUUUGGCUCUAUGUUCCACCGCAUUUUCAUUUUGAAAUGUUUUCAAUUAGUUAAAUAAUAAUCAAAACGAAAACAAAAGCCGCAUUAUGGACAUUCCAUUGAGAACCGCAUUGGAAGUGAUGCUCCAAACGAUAAUAAUAAAAGUGCUGCAGAAAUCAAUUUCCUCUUGAAUGUGUUCGAAAUAUUGAAAUUAUAUCAACUAAUUUUAGGAAAUGCUGUUUAGUUUAGUUUUAAUUAAUUUUGCCAUGCCAAUAAAUUGAGUUUAGCGAUGGCGACAGCACGGAUAGUGGGUACAGAGGGGCAGGAAGUGCAGCGAUAGGUGAGUGUUAUAAAUUGAAUUUAGUCGGGGCAGAUAUCAGAGAUUAUUGCUGGCUAACUGAAUUUGGUUUUUGGGUAUUUGCAUUUGCAUUUGCAUUGGCAUAUGAAUUAGCACUCAAAUGUUGUUAGUGAAAAUUAAUUAGCAUAAAUUAAAAAUGUUUGCCACAAAAGUUAAUAUGUUUUUUGUGCAUAAAUAAUAUACGUUUCGAAGUCAUUUCCAUAAAUGAUUGUGUGUCUAUGGGUUGGGUGUGCAUCUACUUAGCAUAUGGAUAUUAAUGCUAAUAAAUUGGCAAAGAGAAUGGCACAAAGUUGCACUCAAUAAUUGAUAAAAAUCAAACAGACAAGAAAAAAUACAAGCAAAAAAAUAGAAUGAAUAUUUAUCCAAAUAAGUGAAAUAAAUUUAAAUGGAAUAUCCAAUGCGAGCCACUCAUAUUUGUGCAAUUUUUGGAAUGCGCUAUGGAAAAUGAGUUUGUAAUUAAAAUGCUAUAUUAAGUAAUUAAUGACGAUAAAAUGAGGCAAAACCAAACGAAAUAAUGAAAAAAAAAACAAACAAAAAAUGAAAUACAAAUACAAUACAAUUAAUUAAAAGCCUUAGCCUAAGGAGACAGACACUCACAGAAGCAAAAAGAUAUGAAAAUUAUAUAAAUAUAAUUGCUACAAUUUUUAAAGAGAAAAAUUAUGGCAAAACACUUGGCGUUUUGGGGCAAUUACAAUUUAAUUUUUAAGCAAAUCAGCAAAAUAAACGUGGAAAAUCCAG